AUGAUUUCGUAUAGAGACGUAAUCUCCGUGUUGCUUUUUGGUAUCGUAUACCUUCUGUAUCAGGAAAUAAGUGACAUUUCUACUGAGUUGACAGUGAAAAAAGAGGAAGAAAAGCAACUUCUUCGAAAUGUUGUUGAUUUAAGAUAUAGAAUGUCUUUCCUCACAGAUGAUGUACAAUAUGUUAAGUUUAUCAACGAUCAAAAAAAGAUUACGAAUGAAAAUAGCAUCGGUAACAUAUAUGGAACCCUCACUUCAGCUCUGGUACAAUUGGAUCUUAUCAUGAGUCAUAUACGGAAGGAAACAUACCUUUUCACAAAUUCUACAUUAUUUGAUUCGGCAACACUCCAUGGUGAAGUGUACGUAUCAGAAAACAGGAAAUUGCUGAGCAACACUGAUUUUCCCAGUGCCCUCCAAGGACCAGGCUUGAAACCCUUGAUUAAGUAUAUUGGUGUUAAGGCUGAUAAAACAGUAUCACGACAGGAAGAAUGGAGAUUAAAUUUCAUUGUAAAGUAUAAUAUUACAAAGACAUUAGAGGAAAGGGACAUGAUUUUCGAUUUGUCAUUUUGUAAAGAAAACAAUACUGAUAAUUUGCAUUAUGGGGGCAUGUACUGUUUAAGUAUGCAUGCAGCACAUAUUGGUGAGAAUCUUCACCUUUUGGUUGAAAAAUUUAACCAUUAUCUGCACAGAUCUACAGCUUUGUCUCCUUCCACUCAGGGCACGACAGCCACUUUAGGAUUUAAUGUACUCAUAAGUGGAUUAAACGGCACAAUUGUUUUUAGAGAUCUAUUGAGUGGAAAAGAAAUAUUUGCUGUUAAAUCGAUUGACUUUUCUGAGCCAUUAUUCAUAAUGUUCGGACUUUAUAACAAAAAAAGCGUUCAAAGUAUGAUCAGUUUGAUUUGA